AUGUACGGUCACGCGAUACCAGGACGUGUGCUGAAGGUUCUCUACAAAUUUCAAACGGCGCUGAGCAACCUGGAGGAGAUGCAGCACAAUUCCAUGGUGUACCGCAACAACGAGAGAGGCAGAAGCAUGGGGGUUGGACCGAUGAGGUCUCGACCGAUGGAGAAGAGGCACGACACGUCGCCGUACAGCGGAGUUCCGUAUCUAUCGCCACCACCACCUGACACAUGGAGGAGAACCAAUUCCGAUUCUGCUCUACAUCAGAGCGCUAACGAAGCCUGCCAGUCGACCACCACCAUCCCCCAUCGACGAGAUCAACACACCAUGAGCGGAUCCGGGAGCGACAACAGAGACUUGCAUUACGGAUUCAUCGAACGGCCAAGAUCGUCCUGUGAAAUACCUAGAGUGCCUGGAAGCAAGACAGACAACCGACUCGAGAAUCAUAGUUUCGAAAGGUUCUCGAGCGCCCACGAAGCCCCCGUAAACGCGUCGAUUUCUGAUUGGAUCGCGUAUUUGUCUUGCAGCAUAGACCCAAGCUCUCAGCCGGCGGGACAGCAAAUUCCCAUUGGCAACACACGAUCGUUGCCUGAUCUGGUCCACUUCCCGUCGGAUCAGGAGGAUCACUCGAGCAGUACACCGUUCAGCAACAGCCGUGAAACAAGCAGUCCCACAAACCUGUCGCCGACCAGCUUGCCGCAAGCUGGUAGGCUAUCCUUUUCGCAGGAUCAGACCAGCGCCCAAAACCAUUUAUCAGUGCCUGUUAACUCUAGGUUCCUUCACACGUGUAAGGGUGUGGCGCUGGAAAACAGCACAAGUACUUCGCAACAGGAUCUUCAGAGCUAUUCGCAACAACCGGUGCCCCAGCCACCGACGGCGACGUCCCACAGUCCAGCUGGCCACUACAUUUAUCAGCAACCGCACAGUCCUGUGCCACCGCAAAGUCCAAAGUCGUCGCAGACGCAACAACCGCAACAACAGCAGCUCAACUCGUUAGGCUCGUACAGGUCCUCGCAGCAGGUGAACAGGCCGUCGCCACAGUCGUCACCCGGGCUCACGAUUCAAGGCAGCCCGUUGAGCUACAGCAACAAUCCAUCGGCGCCGCCUAGUCCCACGGGGCAUCCUGGUCCACCGAAUCUAACUUCGGAAAGCAUCGACCAGAACAGUUACUUCCUGAACCAAGCGCAAGCGGCGGCGCUCCAGCAGGACUUCGAGCAGUUCACGAUGAAUGACACGAUAAAUGUCGGGGGUGAAUUGGGCAGCGGAGACGCCGGUUAUUUCAGCACGAGUCCGCAGAUGCCGUACCAGCCUACCACCACGACAACCACCACGAAUAACUCCACCACCACCCAACAGCUCACGCCACAGACGCCCAAUACACCUACGAUCAUUCUCACCGGUGGGUUCUUGCGAAGAAAUUUGUCACCUGUCUAUGAUGUACACUUUGUCGAAGAAGGUCUUGUUACAACUUGGUAG